GGCAGCCACAGGGUAGGUCAUAUUUUUCUAUUUGGUUAAUGUAAAUCCAUAGAAGAAGAAAACGGAAGCAACGAGGAGUAUCAAAAUGUCCGCUCCGAAAACAAUCCCGAAAGAUGCUCAAGUGAUGAUCCAGAUCCUGAAGGACAUGGGCGUGACAGAGUAUGAGCCUCGUGUCAUCAACCAGAUGCUGGAGUUCACCUACAGAUAUGUGACCACCAUCAUCGAAGAUGCUAAAAUCUAUGCCACACAUGCCAAGAAGUCCAGCGUAGACGCUGAUGACAUCAAAUUGGCCAUCCAGUGUCGUAUGGACCAGUCCUUCACCUCACCACCACCACGAGACUUUCUGCUGGAAGUGGCGAGACAGAAGAACCAGUCUCCACUCCCGCUCAUCAAGCCCUACACUGGACCUCGGCUUCCUCCGGACCGCUACUGCCUGACAGCUCCUAACUACCGACUCAAGUCAAUCCAGAAGAAGGUGGCGCCGUCUGUUGGUAGAAUAUCAGUUCCUCGCCUCAGCGUAGGCGCCGUCUCCAGCAGGCCGACCACUCCCACCCUCGGAACUACAUCUGUCCAGUCGGUUAGCACUAAAGUAGGAGCUCCAGUUUCUCUGACGGGUCAAAGGUUUACUGUGCAGAUCCCCCCACCCUCUCAGAUGACCACCACCAAAACCACUACACCGUCCACUCCAGCGGUGUCCAACGUCCUCAUCAACCCGUCUCUGAUUGGCUCCAAGAACAUCCUCAUUACCACCAACAUGGUGUCCCAAAACGCUGCUGGGGAGUCGCUGAAGAGGAAACAUGAAGAUGACGAGGACUAUGAUGCUUUAUGACAACAAGCUGAGACACAAACUUUUCUCCUUUAGUUGGACUUCAUCAACUGGACUGAUCCGGUCCACUGUAGAACCAGACAGGGUGGUGGCCUGCUGAGUGGAUCUAACUAAAGCCACUCUAAAAGGAAACAUCCUGGUGUGAAUCUAAAUAAAAACUCAAACCUGU